CCCAAACCAGUUGAAGUCCAGUCACUUGUGAAGCCUCUUCUUUCAGUCAGAAUGUCCAGAAAUAACAGGCUACUGGUGAAAAAUGCCAAACAGGUGGUUUUGAUCUGCAGCAACGGAGAGAAGUUCCUGACCAAACAUGGGAUGCAGAAUCUUUGUGUGAUUGAAAAUGGCAGCGUCGUGAUCGGGAACGAUGGGCUGAUUAAAGCCGUGGGGCCUGCACAAACCAUCAGAGCUCAGUAUUCAGAGGCUUCGUUUGAUAAAGUGAUUGAUGCUACAGGAAUGUGCGUCCUGCCUGGAUUGGUUGAUGCUCACACCCACCCAGUCUGGGCUGGAGACAGGGUGCAUGAAUUUGCUAUGAAGCUGGCCGGCGCCACCUACAUGGAAGUGCACCGGGCCGGAGGAGGGAUCCACUUCACGGUGCAGCACACUCGAGCUGCCGCCGCCUCGGACCUGCUGACGUCCCUCAGCAACAGGUUGGCUCGGAUGCAGCGAUCGGGAACCACCCUGGUGGAGUGUAAGAGUGGAUAUGGCCUGGAGCUGCAGACUGAGCUCAAGAUGCUGCAGGUGAUCGAGGAGGCCAGACGCUCUCUGCCCAUCAGCAUCUCCUCAACCUACUGUGGAGCUCAUGCAGUGCCCAAGGGGAAGACAGUUGCAGAAGCCACUCAGGACGUCCUCCAGGUCCAGCUGCCUCGGCUGAAACAGCUCAUGUCUGCCGGGACUCUCAGAGUGGACAACAUCGAUGUGUUUUGUGAGCACGGAGUGUUCGACCUCGACUCCACUCGCUCUAUCCUGCAGGCUGGGAAAGACAUGGGCCUCAACAUCAACUUCCAUGGAGAUGAGCUUCAUCCCAUGAACUCUGCUCAGUUGGGAGCCGAGCUUGGAGCUUCAGCCAUCAGCCACCUGGAGGAGGCCACAGAUGAAGGGAUCGCUGCCAUGGCCAAAGCAAAGACUGCUGCCGUCCUCCUGCCGACGACGGCCUACAUCCUCCGGCUGCCCCAGCCUCGAGCCAGAGACAUGCUGGACGCCGGAGUGAUCGUCGCCCUCGGCAGCGACUUCAACCCCAACGCCUACUGCUGCUCCAUGCCCAUAGUCAUGCACCUGGCCUGUGUGAACAUGAGGAUGUCCAUGUCUGAGGCUCUGGCUGCGGCCACCAUCAACGCAGCCUUCGCCCUGGGGUGCUCUCAAACACACGGGUCUCUGGAGGUCGACAAACAUGGAGACCUGCUGAUCCUCAACGCCCCACGGUGGGAGCAUCUGAUUUACCAGUUGGGAGGACAUCAGGAGAUCAUCCGUUACGUUGUGAUCAAAGGGAACGUCGUCCACGAUAACGACAAAAUCAUGGACUUGUAACGACAGAAGAUCUCCCUGCUGGUUCAGGACCCAAGCUUCAACGACAGUCGUCUCAGGCUUCGUACUUCUUCCCUGCUCGGUGGAUCUGUUGGUAAAGAGUCAUGGAGAAUGCCAUACCGAGCAGCUGGGGACGAAAAGAAUAAUAAUAAAAAAAACGUUAUUGAGUGCGAACACACAAGGAUUUAUGACCACUAAAGUGGCUGCUCACCUGUAUGACUAACACACACAUGGCGAUGGUUCCCAGAAGGUGCUUGUUGUCGUCCAGCCACGCCUCCACCUUCUCAUAGCAACCCUGAAAACACACACCAACAAUGAGAUCAUCACAAGAAGUCCACACAGAAGACAACUGCAGCUCCUGUUGCUUUCAUAUCAACCUGAGGACAGAUAGUUUGUUUGAAAAAGAUUAUACUUUAAACAGGAUUACUUUUCCAUUUAUAGAAGAAGUUAGGCAGUGUGUGUGACGAAUUGUUUCUUUCACAGGUUUAUACUAUUUAUCCUUAGUACUUGCAUUGGGUAUAGACCCAUAAUAACAUUCAUUCCUGCUAAUGUUUUUAUCUCUUUAUUAUUAUUACUAUUUUUUUCUUUUUUAAAAAAAGUUAUCCACUCUUACACUUGAUUUUUGUCUCUAAAUUAAAAGGUCUGGGAGGGUUAUAUUGGGUCUUUGAAUGUUUUAUGUGUGUGUGUGUGUGGUUGGGGGAGGGGUUGACUGUGUCUCAUUUGCACUUUAUGUCUUGAAUUUGCUUCAUAAAAACAAAAAAAAGGUGAUAAUUGCUUUGGUUUAGUAUUGAGGUCAUAGUGGGUGAUGGUGUUGGAAAUAAAAACUAACCUUGAAUGUUUCUAA